UCCAUCUUACUGGACGACACAUCGAGUGCCUCACCGGAAUAACUAGUGGGAAAAUGGAUGCCGGAGCUGAAGCUGAUGUGGAUCGGCCGGUGGAUGACGAUUUGUCUGCGGCGGAAUAUGGAUCGAAUCAUACCAGCGCCGAAAGAUUGGAGCCGUCGUCGUCGUUGAAGCAGGGGGAGAUUUUGAGAACCCUUGCUACGGUCGAGAAGGAUUCGCAGGCAAUCGCAGAGAGCUUUUCUUCUCUCUUUGCUUCCCUCAGAUCAACUCUCUCUGAGGCUACUGGCAGCUCAGUUGAACACAUGAGUUGUUUUGGUGAUGCAGCGGGACGGCUUCAGGAAUCCGCUCUAGAUGCAGCCACCAAAGGGAACCGGUACAUAAACUCUUGCCUCAGAUUAAACGAGGAAAUUAAAGGCGUUGAGAAUCUGGCGGCUCGGUUAAAGCACCUGAGGAGAAAUGUGGAUGUUCUUGAUACGGCUGUGAACAAACUUCUCCGGCCUCCAUGAGAACAAGUCAGCAGCUUUCACGGACUUGGAUCACUUAGUUCUCGUACAUAAAGAAUUUAACUAUAAGUUUGUCCUUUUUUUGUUUUCUUGUGACUUUAGAAGUGAAUAUUUUCAGUACGGUCCAUUUAUUUGAACUAGAAUGCUGUUUAUUUUGUUUUUUUUUUCAUUUGUUUAAGAAAUUGUUAUAUCUGAUAUGACAUGAUAUGAAUAUGAUUUCUA